UUAGGAGCCUGACGAGGCGCCAUUUUAGAUUUUUGUCUGUCCGCGUGGGUUCACAAAGAGCGUAAGAAGAGGGAGAAUUGUUUGUUUAGCCCCGUCGAAUUUAAAAGAUGUCAGACAGCGAGUCUGUAAAGAAAAUGCUGAGGGCUGUCCUCCAGUCCAGCAAAAUAGGUGUGUCUGUGGCCAGCCUCCAUUCAGAGUACCGCUCACUCUGUGGAGAAAACAUCCCACUGAAGAAGCUGGGCUUCUCAAACCUGGAGGACUACCUCAGAAGCAUUCCCUCUGUGGCGAGGCUGGAUUAUCGCAUGGGUGAGCUCAAGUGCUUUGCUUCAGUCUGUGAAGAAACCGCUCACAUUGCUGAGCUUGUGAGCAAGCAGAAAAGCUCCAAAAAAUCUCAACACUCACAACUUGUGAGCUGCAAGAUGAGGUUCAAACAUUCCAACCCCUACAUGCUCAAUGUGAGCCCACAACGUUCUCUACGUCAGCCAUCAGCUAGAAGAGAUUCUUACCAGACAAGAAGUCGUUCUUGGACUAAUUAUGGUUAUAGGACAGGCAGUGCAUCAGGGGAUUAUAGGCAGUUGAGAGAAAAUGCUACCCCUGUUGAGCGUAGACAGCCGUCUGAACCUGCAGUGAAGCAGACCAUCUUACCUAACAGGAAAGAGGCAAACUUAAGAAACUCUGAAAACAAUUCCAGAGACAUUUCUUUUGAAGGAGUCUCCAAACCCAACAAAGCCCAGAUUUGUCUGUAUGACGUGGAUUUGGUGCAGAGCAGAGUAAAGCAGCUCAUGAAGAGGUACUCCAGUGGCGUGUGGAUGUCUAAAGUGCCGGAGUUCUACAGCCAAAUGUUUGCCGAGAAGAUCCAUCCUCAGGCUCUCCUAGAUCUGGAGAAGUGGCCUCGCAUCUGUUCAGUGGAGAAACCUUCCGUUGCCAAACAAGACAAGCUCAUUUACCCUCCUGUGCCCUUAAAGCCCCUCACCAGCCCUCUAAACAACACAGACUCCUCUCCAGAAUCACAAACGAAUUCAACACCUGUCUGUUCUCGUCCGAUAACUCCCACACAGCAAGCUACUACUCCAUCUCCUUUAGCUCUUCCAAAAACUAGAGAUACUCCUAGAAACCUCUUGGCUAACCCCACCUUCAUUUUCCCCCUUCAACAUUCUACUUCAGACAACCUGCUGCCAUCAGUAGUGUUACAAAGCUCCGCCCACAAACCCAGACCAGCUGACCAACUGUCACAAAGUGUCAGACAUCCCACAGUUGCCCACAACAGAAAAUCCCCCACCUCGACUUGUUCUGCGUCAACCAACGGUCCCACUGUUGCUGAGUCCCCUCAGCCUAACAGUGAUGGUUUUGUCUCAUCUUCCUCACCCUCUAGUUCAGCUCCCUGUCCUCCCCCUAACCCUUCCGCCGCUGCCGUAGUGUCUGCUGAGGUGUGCCAGAAAUUGAAAGAGCUCCUUUCCAAAUAUACCCAAGGCAUGUGGGCCUCUGCUUUACCCAAACUUUUUAUGGACACAUACAAGAUGCCGUUCCCUGAACAGAUUCUAGACAACCUGUCUCUUUUGCUAGACAUAUGUUCUGUGGAGUACCCCUCGCCACAUGACAAGAAGAAGGCAGUUUUAUACAACUUCAACCAAGUGGACCAAAACUCUGCAAAUGUUAAAGAGAGCCUGCAUCGCAGAAGCCACCCCCUCCCUUCUGGUUUAGAGGUUGUGGGUUCUGUGGUUCCUCCAUCUCUGACUCCUCCCACUGAGCAGUACACUUCAGUGCUGGUAACUGAGGCCAAGAGCUGUAACGCGGUUACUUUAAGGUACGUUGGUGAGAAUUAUUCCAGUGCUCAGGAAACCAUGGAAGAUGCAAUGCAGACCUUCUACAGCCAAAACUUCACACAGCAUCAUGUGUCAAACCCCAUCGCUGGUCAGCUCGUAGCAGUCAGAGGAGAAGAUGGAGAAGAGGUCACCCGAGGGCAGGUGAUGGAUGUGACGGACCCUGACAGAGUCAAGAUCUUCCAUGUGGACUACGGCUUCUCUGUGGAAACGAGUAGAGAUAAUCUGCUGGAGCUGCACCAGGACUUCCUCUCUCUACCCUUCCAAGCUACUAAUGUCAGACUUGCAGGCCUGGAGGCAUUCAGCUCCGAUUCACUGAUACUGUCCCUGUUGGAUAAGUUAGCAGUCGGAAAGAUCCUGCUGAUGGAAAUGUUACAGCCAUGCCAACAGGAAGAAACACCCGUGGCAGUGCUCUACGACACCUCACAAGAGGAAGAUGUUAACAUCAACACCGCGUGUCUGACAUCCCUGCAGGACAAGUCCAUGAACAGCCCUCUCUCAGUGAAUCUUACCUAUCAGGAUGUGCGUGUGUCCAGCAUCUCUGCAGAUGGCACCACUUUCUGUCAGCUGCCCUCCAGAGGUCUGGCAAAACUGAGAGUGCUGCUUGAAGGAAUAGAGGCGUUUUUCAUGUCUCAUAUGACAUCUGCGUUGCUGGUGUCCAGAGCCUUCAGUGGCAAGUUCUGUCUGGUUCGCUACAAAGGAAAGUGGGUCAGAGCUGAGAUCACUAACAUGCAUGACACUAGAGUGAUGGAUGUUCUCUUUAUUGACCUGGGGUUGCCGGCAACUGUAGAAAUCACUGAUCUUCGAGAGAUUCCUCCGCCUUUUCUUAAGGAUUUCAUCGUCAUUCCACCACAGGCUAUUAAAUGCCAGCUGGCUGGCCUGGCUGUUCCAGAAGGAUGCUUGAGCUACAAAGCAGUUUUGUGGUUGAAGAAGAGAUUGCUUGAUGUGCAAAACUGUAAAAUAAAGAUUGUGAAACUGGAGGAUUGCAAAGGAGAAAAGGUGGUCUACGUGUAUCUGUUCACCGGUGGCGACUCUCUGGAGCUGAAAGAGAGCAUCAACCAUCAGCUGACCCAGUCGGAGAUGUGGCAGAACCUGGUGGCACAGAACAACUGUGCAGCUGGCAGCACUGCAGGUCUAACUCCUCCAGUGGAGCUGUCGACUCUGAGCAGCUCGUUCCUGAACGCCUCCAUCAAGCCUUCAUUGCAGCUUCAUCAGAGUGAAGAAGAUCCACCUACAGAAAAUGGGAUGCAGCGUCUUCCGUUACCACCUGAGCUGGAGCUUCCCCAGCCUGGUCAGACCCUGGAUGUUUUUGUGCCAGUGGUGUGCCACCCAGGUUACUUUGUGGUCCAACCAUGGCAGGACCUGCAUAAGCUGGUGGUGUUGAUGGGAGAAAUGGUUCUGUACUACAACCAGACCGAGAAUACCAAAAGAUCCGUGCACAUCCAGAAGGGAGUUGUGUACGCUGCCAAAAUAGACAAGAGUUGGCACCGGGUGCAGGUGAGAGCGGUCCUGGGAAACGGGUUGGUUAAUGUGUACGGGCUGGACUACGGUAAACACGAGCUGGUUUCCAGCUCUCACAUCCAGCCUCUGAUAACAGAAUUCAGACAACUGCCUUUCCAGGCUGUUGCUGCUCAACUGGCAGGUGUGACACAGCUCUGUUGGUCAGAGGAGGCCUCCAUGUUGUUCAGAAGUCAUGUGGAGAACAAGGCGUUGGUCGCCCAGGUGGAAGGCGUGCGGGAUGUGUCUGAGGUUAAAGAUGAGCUGUGGGAGCGCAGGUUAACCGUUUACCUGGUAGACACUUCCCAGGACGGCACGGACAUUUGGAUCCAUCGUAUCAUGGCUGACAUCGGGGAUUAAGGGUCAUUCAUUUUUCUUUAGCUGUGUCUUAUGUCUGUUAUACAUUUAGUUAUGUUGGACAACUUUGACAGAUUGCUUGAUGUGUGUCUUUUGGUUGAAGCUUUUUUUAAUAUGUUUCACACUAAUACCUCUAAUUCACUGUUAAGAUAUGAGUAGAAGUUUGUGUUUCAUGUCACCGUUUGUUGUUUGCGUUAUUAAAACAGUUACGUUAAUAGUAUUUUGGGUUGAGGUUUAUUUUUAUUUUAAUAGAGCAAGUUUUAUAACAUAUUGAAAAUAUCCUUAAAAAAUCCUUGUAUGCUUCAUUUAUAGUUACUUGCCAGUCUUAACUAAAUCCGUUACAAUAUCAUUUAUUGAUUCAUGUGUUUCCGUGCAUUUGUAAUCAACCAUUACACCUUUCUUAGGUUAUGCAUUCGAUAAUGUUAUUUACAGCUCUGCAUAUGUUUUCUAUCACACUUUUGCAUACAAACAUAGGAACCCCUCCACCACACUUAAUCUUCUAAUUGUUAUGAACACAUGUGUGACCAUUUGACUAAAGGUUUCUGAUGCUGCUGUGAAUAGUCUAGUGAAAUGUCUCAAGUCAUUACAAACGUCUGCUGUUAAUGUAAAUACAAAAUCUGCUGUUGAGCUGAUCAAACUGCUCUUUGGUGUAGCAGCAGGUGUUGACAGAGUUAGAGAAGUUAGUGUUUGAAUGUAGCUCAUGUGCCAUAUCUUGUAGGUAGUGAUCCGGAUACUGUAAUGUUUGUAGCUCCUCGUAGAAGUGUUCCUUUAAUUCCAGAGUUGUAUUGGUUAUUGUGCUCUAUUGAUUUAUGCAUUGAAGAGUUUGAUUUUG